UUCCCAUACAUCAAAAGCAUAACAGUAAAGCUCCAAACCAACAAAAUGACAAAUGUCAAGGCCGUAGUGCAUGGGAAGUAAUGAGGGACCAUAUUGACUUCCAAUCAGAACCCCUGCCAGCAGUCACUGAUACAACCCCUGUGUUCAACAUUGUCCGUGAAACUGAUGGUUACCGUGUAUUUGUAUUAGACGUUUCUGGUAGUAUGUCUACUAAUGAAAGAAGCAAAAAGUUAUAUCAAGCCAGUAAGUAUGUGAUCCAAAAAAGAAUUCCAGACAACAGCUGGUUAGGUAUUAUUUGGUUCAACGACGCUGCUGACGUUAAAAUGAAUUUAACCCAUGUCGUGUCACAAAAAGUUCGAGACUAUCUGGUCGCUGCAUUGCCGCAAAGGGCUACUGGAGGAACAUGCAUCGGGUGUGGAAUAGAAAAAGCUCUGCAGAUUUUCAGGUUUGUUACCACAGAUUUAAGAGGGUGUGAAAUCAUAGUAAUUUCAGACGGUAAAGACGGCAACACUGCAAACUUUGAUUCUGCUAUGGAGCAUGUUAUCAAUGAGAAAUGUGUCAUACACACCAUUUCUAUUUCCCAAGCAGCAGAUGAAAGAAUGAUAUCCAUGGCAACAAGAACUGGAGGAAUUCAUAUUUCUUACCUUGAAACUGAGACAAUUAAUUUUGCGUCCGUAUUUAUGGGGGUUGUUUCCAAGGGGGUUACACAAGCAGCUAUGGAAUCAACCACGCUUAUAUCGGAGACGGUUGACACUCUCGGUCCAUCACCGUAUACAUUCACUUUUGAUGUAGAUAACAGUGUUGGAAAGAACACUACCGUUAGUGUUCUAAACAAGGUGUCAGGGUCAAUAAAUAUUAAUGUUGAAAGUCCAAAUGGAACCUUAUAUUCACAACAAGCCAAUGGGGACAGUCUUGUAUUAUGUAUUCCCGGGAUAGCAGAGCCCGGACGAUACAAUGCAACAAUCGAAGCAGAAUCCACUUUUGAACACAUUGUUACCUCUGAACCAACUGGACCUGAGGUAGUGCGAGUUGAUUCAUGGAUCAGUCCAGUUAAUUUUGACUUUGUCUCUGGCAAUCUACCUGUUGUGGGAGCUGAUGUAUCGAAAGGGAGAUCUGCUGUUUUAAAUGCAAAUGUGACGGCGAUUAUAGGUACAGGAGUUUCCGUGCCAUUAUUCGACAAUGGACUUGAUCCAGAUGACUUGGCAAAUGAUGGGGCUUAUGCCGGAGUUAUACCAAGAUAUUGUAUUCAAAAUAAUGGUCGCUUAACUGCAAAAGUUAUUGCGCAUGCAGAAGGUGGUACAGCAUCUAUUAAAGAUUCCUUUGGUAUCAGCGCAGGAUAUCAAUAUUCAGAUGAAGAUUUGGAAGAACCAGAAGUUCUCAAAGACAGCUUCCAGCGUGUCUCUCUGCAUAAUGAGAUUCUUGUAUCAAAUUUCUCGCCUGUCAUUGCGAAAACUGACAUCACACCACCAGGCCGUAUCACAGAUGUAGAUGUUAUAGAUAUAACUACAGAAAAAACAAAUUAUGGGGAGAGCAGAAACUUUACUAUUACAUGGACGGCAACGGGAAAUGACGUAAAUAUUGGACAAGCUGCAAACUAUGAGCUUAGAAUUGCAGACGACAUUUAUACACUGAUAAAUAACUUUUCGGCGGCCACAAUGCUAGAUACCGUGAAUACAAAUUACACACCAAAGGCUGCAGGUGAAACUGAGUACAUCAGGAUAGAAAUCGACGCAGAAGAAUCGUACACGUCAACCACAUUCUUUGCUUUACGGGCAAAGGACGAAGCUGGAAACCUUGGCGAUGUUUCUAACAUCGUUUCUAUUCUUGUUGCCAAUGGAUACAGAAUACAAGCAGAAGGUGACGUUGAGAAACCUAACCGCACAAACAAAGUUUUUCAGUUUAAUACUGAGGAAGAACAUGUUGAAGGAAAACUUGAGGAGGAAGAAGAAGAGGAAGAAGAAGAACCUGUUGAAGGAAAAUUAGAGGAAGAGGAAGAAGAAGAAGAAGGAGGAGAAGAAGAAGAAAAAGAAGAAGAGAAGACGACAAAGCUGAACAUGCUAGGUAUUGGAUUGUCAUGUGCAGCGGUUGUCAUCGUCAUAGUUAUAAUAGUAGUAGCGGUAAUUCGGGAUAAGAAAAGAAAACAAAAUUUUGAAAUAACAAGAUCACCAGAGGUUAGAUAUUCUGAACAAUUACAAGUGUGACUGUUUCCACCUGCUUUACCAAGCACAGUGUAUUCGCUAAUUAUUUGUGACAAUUACAUUGCAUAGUGUGUAAAUGACUUAAAAUAGCCUACAUGAUAUAAAAAAAAUUGUGCAAAUCAGAAACCUAAGUAAAUCAUGCCAUUAAGUCAAUGUUUAUUAAUAUUUGGUAUGUUCAGUGUUUUCAAUUCAUUACAAUUCAUUACAAUCUCGUCUCAUAUUGCUAUGUGCCAAUUUUGGAUUUCAUACAGCUUCGUGCUUAAAAAGUGACUUUAAAGGAAUGACACUGUUCUUAUUUAAGAAUGUAUGACAUCAUUUUUCAUAAAAAUAUUUUUUGAACUUGACAACAGAUCUUAAUAACCCGUCUCAUUUUAAAACACGGAUAAACUGAAUAAUGCCUAUUGACUAUGAUAUUGCGCUAGCAAUGUCGGAAUAAGCAAUGUAAGAUUUUAUAAUGAAUAAAUGUUAUUUCAAUCCAUGAACAAAGUUAUCUUUUAAACAUGACAUUGAGUCUGAUUUUGG